AUGCACAUGCUGGCUUGGAUGAGGAGACUAUUCAAUCGGGAAAAACCUGGCCCUUCCCGCCAUGAGGAGAAAUCACAACAAGUCCUGAGCCACCAAGGUUCCUUCGGGGACGAACUCAUCAUUAAAAUCCAAGGAGAAAUCAAAGCCGCGAUGUAUCUUCCGAACAGAAUGAGCGAGAAGUUCAUCACGAAGGAAAAGCUGGACGAAAUUUGGGACAGACAUCCGCCAUCUUCCAUUCUAGCUUUUGAGAAUCUUAAUCGUGAGGAGUUAAAAGCACUGAAGACAGACUAUCUGCGCGUACUUUCGCUCCUAGUGCUAAUAGGAUGGGAUCUUCAGCGCUUCCGACCAGUCUUCCUUCGGAGCGAUUUAAAGGAUAGUAAUCUUUUCUUUAGUCUGGCACAGCUGGAUGUUCUCGGAGCUCAAAAAGAGAUUUUUCACGACUAUCAAUUCAUGUUCAAGCCAGUCGUGAUCGAGCAUAACGAGGGAAAUGACAAACAAACCGUCGAUCAAAACCACCGUCUCCCAUUCAUUGAUAACCCGGAGCCGCUGGGUAGAGGUGGAUCAGGAGAGGUGACCAAGAGGACUAUUGCAGCUGAGUGCUUUGCGGAGGUCUUAUCAGAUGGGACAAGUUUACCUUUUCAAGAUGUCAAAGUUGUUGCUUGCAAAGAGUUCAAGCCAGACAGAUCUGAGGUCUCGUUUCAAAGAGAGGUCAAAAGACUUGAUCUCAUUAAAGAUUCUUUAAAUGAUCGGAAAAACAUUCUUCGGCAUCUCGCUGCUAUCCAGCAUGGUAACUCUCAGGAUGGUUACAAGUUCUUGAUCCUGUUUCCCUACGUACAUCAUUUCAAUCUUGAGAUCUUUCUCCGUGAAGGUGCCGACCCAGAGAAAGGCACCACAGAUUCAAAACAGUGGUAUCUUUUCGAAAACAGAUUUCCUCUGCUUCAGAAUGAGACGACUAGACAAAGGGCAAUCAUCAAGCAAGCCUGGAGUUUAGCAGGUGCGCUACGGUUUCUUCACGAACAACUUCAAAUAUAUGGCAACAAUGACUAUUAUAUCGCUCACUGUGACUUCAAACCGGACAACAUUCUCAUUGAUGGCCAUCCAGAUGACGUGAAAACACCAGCUGGCGAGUGGAAACUGACAGAUUUUGGUAUUUCAGCCUUUGAAAAGUCCACAAAUGCCAGACCCAACCAGAACGUAACCCUUAGAGAUUUCGCCGAGCGUGUGACAAGCUCAUCAACAUCAAAGGCCCCCCGGGGACAUGGUCCAUACCAGCCACCUGAGGUCGUACUAGAAAAAGACAAAGAGUCUAGGCUACUAUUUGCACAAGGCGAGGGUGAAAGGCUGGAUAGUCGGAGAUGCGACGAGUGGUCGUUCGCGUGCGUGAUGUGCGACUUGUUGGGCUUCAGUCUGGCCAAGAAUCAAGGAGUCAAAGAUAUGCGCCGCGCCAAGUGGGACGGCCAGAACGCCAGAUUCUACGAGUCAAGCAUUACAUCUAUCACUGCCGAAAGUGUCGUUACCGAAGCGAAUACCGUGCUGAAACCAAACCUUGUUGCCUGGCUUAGGAGGCUUGAGACAGCCAGCGUACCGCUUUGGGUGCCCAAGUGGAUCGCUCUGAUUAGAGAAAUCUUGAGACCUUGUCAAGCCUCCCGACCAGGCAUAGCUCAUAUCCACUCAUCGUUGAGUGAAUUGGCACGCAAUGAGUACCAAUCCAUACAGCCAAGCUCAGAACCCGGUCCAAGUGCCUUGACAAUUCCUCAAGUCGCACAUCAAAUUGUACCCUUGGGCCAUCAACAGAAUGGAUCGAUAUUUCAUGAUGGAGAUAGAACGCCUCAGCGCGCUGAGUUUGAUACGCCCCCCGAACAAGAGUCAGUAAAUGAUAUCGAAGUAAUCUCAAGUCAGCGGAGCAGCACCGUUCAGACAACACCUAGUCACAUGUCUACCAACAACGCCUUUCAAGGACUUGGAAAUACCACAGAAAGCUCCGCAGCACCAGUCAGUCGAAGACCGAUCCAUACACCUCCAUUACUGACAUUGCAACUCAGACCCUCAACUCCUUUACGAUCCGAUAAAGUCUUUCGCCUAGAACCGUCCAAACCACUUCAGUUUGGCGUGGAAAGAUCGAGUAUUAGGGCACUUGCAGUCGAGAGUACAGGAGCGCGAGCUGCAGUUUUAUGUGAAACAGAUGAAAGUCGAAUAGAGAUUUACGACCUCGACGCGGAAAGUCUGGAAGGUGGGCCAUGGAUUUUCAAAGAAGAUUUUCAUGGUGUGCUCUCGAAAGUCACAAUAUCUUGCACGGGCGUGACGGCGUGCGCGUACAGAACACACGUCCGUCUGCAUUUUCCACACUCAGCUGAGCUAUUCAAGAUCAAUGUACCUCAGCAUGACGGCGCUCGAGUGGGUGCAAUCGCCUUCGCAAGAAACGAACCUAUUCUCUUCGUAUGGAACAAAGGGCCAGGCGCCGCUAAUGACCACGUCAACGUUUUUAAUUGUGAAGGGACGACACAAUCAUUAGAGCCAAUCCGUUCGAUUGGCAUUAGCGGAAAAGAGACUUCUAGCGUAUAUGAAAGCGCAAUCUGGCCCUCCUUCAACUCGAUGUUUUGCGUCAUCGGCGAAUUGAACAGCGCUUUUAUCGCUCAGCCGUCAUCUGAAGACCGAAAGGCGAAGGAAAGGGAUCCAACCGAAAUGAAGAAGACCGUAUGUGGCUUGCUUCCAAGUGAGGAUAUGUUACUGUGCGUUCGAAACGGUGGCAUUUUCGGUUUUGAGAUCGCAACUUCGUCCCAGGGCAAGAAGAGCUUCGUGAAAAAGCAUAAGCUAGCAGAUAAAGUCACAAGCGAAUCACGAGCUGUAAUGGCCAUCCAGCAUGUUGGUAGACACUACGAGCUCAUCAUCUGCUGUCCAAAGAAGGGCAUUAUGCGAUAUGUACAAGCUCCCUGA